GGCCAUGUUGGUAAGGGACGGCUCGCGUCGUGCCCUUUGCUGUGUUCCGCACUCUGUUCCCGUCAAUUCGGCGUGACCGCACGCGUUUUAGUUGCGCUAGAAUGUUGCAAUUAAUACAGCGGAGUCUUCUCAUAGAAAAGCUCCCAGCAUGUGGAGCAAACGUUGGACAUAACGCUGAGCAACACUCGCAUUUGAGAGCUACGGUGGCAAAAUGUGAACUACCUCUCAAGGUUAAACGCGCUUCGAUCGUACACAGCAAUGUGCAGUGAUGAAGGACACCGUGGCCACGAUAACCUGGGCAGCUGUGGCUCCACGCUGCACUCGCUAGUAUCGGGGCGCGCGAAAGCGGUGGCGGUGCGCUACGACGAUGGGGAGGCUACGCUGCAGGUGACGUAUGGCGAGCUGUGCCGGCAGGCCGCGCAGGUGUGUGCCAAGCUGCUCGAGCUCUUGCGUGAAGAUCCGAGCCCGGUGGUCGGACUGUUCACGAAUCCUGUGCUUCAACUUCCCGCUUGUAUCCUCGGUAUUUUGCAGGCUGGCGCAGCUUACGUUCCACUAAAUCCUCAAGGCCCUUCUAAACUGACGGCGCAUGUGAUGCGAAUGACAUCGAUGCAACUCGCCUAUAUACAAGUUGACCUCAUACAGGCAUUCCGCAUCCAGUUCCAGGAAUGGUUGGAGGUCUUCUGCAUUGGUGGUGAGAAGAGCACAGAAGAUGACUCCAAAAGCUUGGGGCUCAGUCUUGGGUUGGUCAGAAUUGAGUGGAAGGAAACCCUUCCUACAACACACAUGGCAGAUGUUCAGCCAGGAGACACAAGGGAGAUUUCCAACCGUACUGAAGCUCCAGCACACAAUCGAGACAGCCAGAGAACCUUUUGUCGUGAAAACUCAGGGACAAGAGGCAUUGGUACAGACUGCCCUGACUCUGCUGUGUAUGGCAAAGUAUGCCCUGACCGUGACAGUUCCAUUCUUGGGUCAAAACAGCCCAGUGUGGUCACGGAAGGGGCUGAUGAGGAUGGUAAGGAGGCCACCUGCAGGCCUGACCAUUGGAAGGAGGGAGGCGUUGUGGGGUCAGACGCCAUCGCCUAUGUGCUCCACACCUCCGGCACAACGGGCCCCCCGAAGAUUGUGCAUGUGCCCCAUGCUUGCAUUGUGCCCAACAUCACGCACCUACGGUCCCUGUUCGCGAUGUCGCCGGAGGAUGUGGUGGUGCUGGUGUCGGCACUGACCUUCGACCCCUCGGUGGUGGAGUUGUUUUUGGCGCUGGCAAGUGGUGCGACGCUGCUGCUGGUGCCGCCAUAUGUGCGCAGAAGCCCCCGCGACCUGCAGCGCGUGCUGUUCCAGCGCAGCCGGGCUACCGUCUUGCAGGCUACACCGACUUUGCUGCGGCGGUUCGGGGUGGCCGUGCUGCGUGAUGUAGUGCUGGCGUCCGCGUCCCCGCUGCGGGUGUUGGCGCUGGGCGGGGAGCCGUUUCCGCCGCUGUCCGCGCUGCGCACCUGGAAGUCGAUCGGCAACGGCACGCGACUCUUCAACCUGUACGGCAUCACUGAGGUGUCAUGCUGGGCCACGUGCCACGAAAUCCCGACACAGCACCUGCUUCCGGGGUGUGAGCAGUGCGCCGUCCCUGUUGGCAAACCCCUGCUGGGCACCCGUGUGGAGGUGAGGGAUGGGGCGGGGCAGGUUCUGCACCAUGGGCAAGGGCAGAUAUACAUUGGUGGAGAGCGGCGGACGUGCCUGCUGGACGGAGAGGCGGAGCUGGUGCCUGGCACCAUGCGCGCCACCGGAGACGUGGGCAGGGUGGCCGGCCGCCUGGUGUACUACGUGGGGCGGUCGGACGGACUCGUCAAGAGGCACGGCCAACAGCUGGACCCAUUGCUCUUGCAGCAGACGGCCGAAUGCCUGGCGGCAGUGGAGGCAUGUGCGGCCGUCAUGACACCCGGGCAGACGCUGCUAUUGCUGUUCGUGGUUCCAGCCAUGUCCCCCGGCAGCCGAUCUGGGUCACAGCGGGAUGGCUCUCGCACGCGCGGCACUCUGCCCCCUCCAUCCCCUUCGCCCCCUCCACCCCGCGAGCCAGGCGAGCGUUGUAGUGAGCGGCUGGGUGAACCGCAGCUCGGCGAGCGGGAGUUGGAGGAUGUGCUGAGAGGGGGCAUCAUGCGGGAGCUUGCCUCGCUGCUCCCCUCCCACGCACGACCCGACUCCGUGAUGCUCAUCUCCACGCUGCCGCUCACCUCACACGGGAAAGUGUCGUCUGCGGAGCUGCUGGCCCUGUACGAAGUGGAAAACGCACAGAUCUCAAGGGUGGGAAAGCGAUGGGAGCCAGACCAGCUGAAACGGACCCUCUGGGCGUGUUGGCAGGAAGCCCUGGGCCGGGGAGUUUCUGCGGAAGCGGCAGACCUCACGGCCACGUUCCUGCGCGUGGGCGGCGAUUCCCUUGGCGUUGUUCGCCUGAGUGGGGAUGUGGAGCGGCGUCUGGGCACCUCCCUGCCCGGGCUGCCCGAUCUGCUGCUGCACCGCACCUUUGGCUGGGCGCUUCGCUACUGCGCCCGGGAGCUGUACAGGCUUGGCCGGCUGCUGGGGGAUAGAGAGGGCGCUACGUGGGACCAUAUCACAGACGAGCACCUUUUGGAAUACAGCAGCAGCGGCAUUGCUGAAAACACGGGGCACUCUACCAACACAAACUCUGAGAAUAGUGGCAAAAAGCCACGUAAAAUAUUAAAGAGGAAGGUAGAAGGGGAUAUUCCUGAGCAGGAAGCUCCUGAAGGCAAACGCACAGUCAUGCCAUCUGAACACACAAGCAGCCGCCACAUCGGGAGACUGGCGCACCGUGCACAAACACAACAAGCUGUGAGCGAGCCGCCCCCUAGGGAUGAGAUGGUGGCGGCCCUGAGCAGGGGCAGCAGGGUGACCGUGGUGGAUGGCCGAGCGUGCAGCACGAGCGCAGGAUGGCCGGGUUGUGGGAGCACUCGUAACAGAGCCGUUGUGACGGGGACAGGCGGUGUGAUCCUGAGGGAGCUGUGGAAGUGCGACACGGGGAAGUGUGUGGAUGCCUCGCCUUUGUUGAUGCUGCGAGCGCGUGGCACGGCCGUGGCGGUGUGCGUGGGCUCCCACUCGCGCCGCGUGCUCUGCGCCGAGUGGCCAGGUGGCCGCCUGCUCUGGACGGCCGAGCUGCCCGAUCGCGUCGAGUCGUCGGCCUGCCUCUCUCAGUGCGGCACGCUCGUUGCGCUCGGAUGUUAUGAUGGCUGCGUGUACCUGCUGCGAGCGGACUCGGGCGCCGUGGCGUGGGCCUUCCGCACGGGGGGCCCCGUGAAGAGCUCCCCGGCCCUGGACCCCGUCUCCGGCGCUCUGCUCGUCGGCUCCCACGACCAGCUGCUCUACGCCCUCCGUCCCUCGGACGAGACGUGCGUGUGGCGGCUGCACUGUGGCGGGGGCUCCGUGUUCUCGUCACCCUGCGUGAGCCUCAUCCCACGCGCCGCAUACGUCGGCACCCUGGGAGGACGUCUGUUGGCCGUGAAUCCGGAUGAUGGUGCCAUGCUGUGGAGUCGCGACUGUGGGAAACCUCUGUUCUCCUCGCCGGCGUGCUCCUGUGCAUAUGUGUGUGUUGGCUGCGUAGAUGGGAGUCUGUACACCUUCAGCCACGUGGGAGACAAGAUGUGGCAAUUCUGGACGGAUGGACCAGUCUUCUCGUCGCCGUGCAUUGUGGGAAAUCUCCUGGAUGUGGUGUUCGGAUCGCACGAUGGCAGCGUGUAUGCGGUGUCGGCGAGCGGGGAGCUGCGGUGGAAGCACCAGCUCGGCGCACCAGUCUAUGCGACGCCGUGCACCUGGGUAUGCAUUGGACACCUCAACGCCGUUCAACCUUCAAGAAGCCGAAUCACGUGUUACGGUGGCUCGGAGGACAUCGACCACGGUCAUAAUCCGGCAACGGAUGGAGACCGUGUUCUUAAAUCCACAAGUACGGAUGUUUCGCCAACAGCGUUGGAUUUUCAAAAAGAUGCAAAAAGUGCAUACACCACUGGCACAACGUGGCAACCUGGGAGCAUUUUGGAAGAUUCCAUUGGUUUAGUGAAGGGGUCUGAAGAGAGAUUCCCCCUGACAGGAGCUGCUGCGGAUCAUAAUACCAGAAAAAAAGAUGCCAUACAUUGCCUGUUGCAAUAUAACACCGUUGCAUCCACAGGCUCAUUCACAAGCCACGAACUGCCUCAAAUUCCAAUUGUAAACCCAGGCACCUCAGUUGGCCUUAGUGGCCCCACCGAAGUGCAUUGCCAGGUCUGCCCAGCUGGAUUUGUAGUAGCGGCAGGCACAGAUGGGCUGGUGUGUGUGCUUGAUGAGCAGGGUAAUCCUGUAUGCUCCUACAGACUGCCGGGGGAAGUGUUCUCCUCGCCCGUUGCAUGGGGGGACUGCCUGCUCGUCGGCUGCAGGGAUGACUACCUUUAUUGCUUGCAGAUUUGUCCACACCCUACAAUGGAGCUCAAAUAAUAAAGUAAUGUAUAUUAUUUUGAAUGAUAGGAUUAUGCAUAUCUCUUGUACAAGGGUGGUUUGUUCAUUUUAACAAGCGCAAAAAUCAUUUUUUUAAAUUACAGUACCUUAAGUUUACAAAUAAAAAAGACCCUGAAUCAACAGAUGGGACUUUACAUUUUUUUUUA